AUGGAAAACCGUAAGGUAAAAAAAAUAUCAGGGCGAAGUACACCAGCACAGCUUAAGUGUUUUGUAGAGUUCUGUGAAGCCAAUCCACAUAUACCUAUUGGGCGAAAUAAUUCGCGUUCACCGAAAGGCAUUCAAGCGCUGUGGGAUGAACUGGCUGACCUCUUGAAUGCAAUGAGAGGCCCCACUAAAACAGCUACGCAAUGGAGGGAAACGCUAACCCACUGGAAAAAUAUGGUACGCUCCCGUGCACGCCGUCUAGCAUUUCAAAAAGAAGCGAGUGUUGAAGGACAACCAACCGCAGGCACUUUGAGUGACCUGGAAGAAAGAGCAGUGGCAGUGUUCGGUGUAGCAGGUGUACCUGGGCGUGAGAAAGUUGCUACUUUGGGUUUUGAAGACCAAAAUAGUUUGCUUCCAACAAUACAGACACAGCAAGACGCUACAAUUGAUAUAGUUACGCAGUCAAACAACACAAUGCUGCAAACAACACCAAACAAUAAUACAAUGCCGCAGUCAAAAUCAGAGAAUUUGGAAAAAGUGAUAUCGCCGGUUCCUUUAUCGUCGCCUGUUGUAAAACGAAAACGAAAACUGAAGAAUUCAAAUAUAGGAUUGAGAAAUCUUUUACAUGAAUCUAUGGUGCAGCGUCAACGCAUGGAUGAGCGAAUUGUUGAAGCUUUCUCAAAUUUGUCUGACGUGAUAAAAGAAAUGGCCACAGCUAUUGCUACAUUGAGUGCAGCAGUAGCACAACAAAAAGAAAAUUAA